GCUCGGCGAUGGAAUAGGCGCCUAGCUGAGUUCUCUCUCUCCGCCAGCUCAUACCCACAUCUGGCGUGUCCGGCGAUACGCCCAUUAUUAUUGGGCUUGCUCUAAGGCGCCGGCCCGUGUGUUGCUGGCUGCGCAUUCGGCCUCCCCGACCCACGAUUUCUCCUUCCUUUGACCCCCAUCGUCUCGUCUCGUCUCGUCUCGUCUUCCUCCGUCGCCGCACGAAGCUUGAGGCAAUCCACCCCGCUUCCAACGCCCGCGCCGCCUAGCCCUGCGCUCCCCAGCCCGGCACCAUGGCCAACAGCAACCUCCCGCGCCGAAUCAUCAAGGAGACGCAGCGGCUCCUCAGCGAACCAGCGCCAGGGAUUAGCGCGUCGCCGUCGGAGGAGAACAUGCGGUACUUCAAUGUCAUGAUCCUUGGCCCCGCGCAGUCACCCUAUGAAGGGGGAGUUUUCAAGCUUGAACUAUUCUUGCCUGAGGAAUAUCCUAUGGCUGCCCCAAAAGUUAGAUUUCUCACCAAAAUUUAUCACCCCAACAUUGACAAGCUUGGUAGGAUAUGCCUUGACAUUCUUAAGGACAAAUGGAGUCCGGCUCUUCAGAUACGUACUGUUCUGUUGAGCAUCCAGGCACUGCUGAGCGCACCAAAUCCGGACGAUCCCCUCUCAGACAACAUUGCAAAACACUGGAAAGCAAAUGAAGCUGAAGCUGUCGAGACAGCGAAGGAGUGGACUCACCUGUAUGCAAGUGGGGCAUGACAACCAAGGGUUGUUUACUUUGUAAUAACAGUCAUAGUUUGAUCACGAUUGAAUAUCACCUGCUUAAGAGCAAAUUGCAAUGUUUUGCAAUAUUGGGGGAAAAUGAUCGAACCGUAACAGUUCGAACUAUGCUUUGUACUUGUGUGUCCCUUCAGUGCAGUAAGCAUCAAAGCUGGUGUUGCUUGGUCUGAUUCAA